UCCCUCCUUCCCUCUGUCGACGUCAACCUUUCCACGACAACCUCACCAUUCGCAUUCACAAAUGACCACGGCACUUCUCUCUCCGCAACACUAGGCAGAUAACCCAUGUGUCUUCUCUUACGGCCAUGAACUUGCGCAUGGCACGUCGCACGACCCGGUCAUGACCGCCGCCGUCGCCGUCGCCCCCUCUCCAGCAAACCAGGGUCCACGUCCCAACACCAACACGGCGAAGUCGACUGCCCAGCCGCCAACGACCCGGCAUGGCUCUCGUCAAUCGCAGCUAGAUCCUCUCUCGGAUCGCGCGACAGCAGCGCUGAUCCGUCGGACGCUCUGCACCCACCAGCACAACGACAAGAACCGCGAUGCGCAGCCUCCUAUCGACGAGCUGCUCCCGCCUCUGAGCAGCCGCAACGAUGUCGACCUACAACUCUACGCAUUCCUGGCCAUAAUAUUACGCGAUUUUGUGCAGACAUGGUACAGCCGCAUCACGACAGAUGAAGCAUUCAUCUUGGAAAUUGUGCACACUGUAGCACACUGCACGAGGGCUCUGGAACAGAGGUUUCGAAAGGUGGACUUGGAGAGCCUGCUGCUGGACGAACUACCGGAUCUCCUGGACAAGCAUAUCACAGCCUACCGCACUGCGCACACACCAAUGUCGCCGUGGCCCGUUGAAGCCAGGCCACGGCAGGUAUAUCAUUCGCUCUGUCCGCUGCCAUUCAUGGAACCCGUCCCUCAGCAGAAUGAGGCAGAGCCCACCGUCGCAGAGCAGGAACAGAACGAGUCGGCAUACCGCCAGCUCCUAGUACAGGUCGUGCUCACAGUGCUCCUCCCAACAGAGGACCUUGAGAACCCCUGCUUGACGUCCCUAGUCGGGCAAAUCUUCUCAGAGCUCAUCAUCGGUAAUAUUGUUGCCAAGAAAGCAGCGCAGCCGUGGAUGUUGUGGGAGGCCAUCUGCAUCGUGGCGCGGGUCGUUCAAGAGAAGAAGAAGGGCAGCACAGGUCAAGACACCAGCGGUAGUGCAGAAGUUGAUCGCGUAGGUACGGCUGCCCGCGGCUGGUCGCUUCACGGGGUCCUCCUCGCCCUCCUUAACGCAGCACUCCUCUUUGUCACAUGGUCCCGCUCAAUCGUGGGUACGAUCGCUUCGAUAUCGUCCCUCCCACCUCGGUCACCGCCGACUACUGCCGGAGGGAAAGAGGGAGCGCAAGAUUCAUCAAUGAGGAUCCCUAUUCUUGAUUAUAGCGUCUGGUCAUGCGCAGGCAAUCUUCUGCAGCUUCCUGUGAGGAUGCCAUGGCUCAAUGGUUUCUUGUCACUGGCUCAGUAUGGAGCAAUCAGAGGCCCCGGUGAGGUCGGACGGUUCGAUGGUCCUCUUGAUAGACUACUCUCGUACCACAUUCAAUCCCACUUCUCCCCCUCCCAGUUGCCCACCUUCCUCCGGAUGAUUCGAGGCGUGCUGUUCCCCAACAACGCCCCUGGUAAGUCGACACUGGCGGCGCCCGAGUCCGACGCCGAGCUCCUCGCUCUUCGUCGUAGGGCCGCUAGCGCACUCUGGGGUCUCGUGCCGCGCACAGUGGGGAGGGUAUACCUUGGCGGCCGCCUAAAGACGCAGGUAGAAGGCGGUCAGGACGAUGAUGACGAGGAGGAGGAGAAGAUGAUCGACGAGGUGGAGGGGCUGCUCAUGGUGCUGGACGACGAGUACUGCAACAAGCACCUCCUCUAUGGGGUCCUUGAGCUCGUGCUGGUGCGGCUGAUGCCGGAGCUCCGUGACAAGGGGGUCGAAGAGCUCUGGGAAGAGCGUCUUGGGAGCUAGACGAGCAGACAGUCAUAGUAUCAUGAUAUUAAUGAGGGAAGAGUGACAGC